CAUUUAAAGAAAUGAAAAAUGAGUUGGAUAUGUUCAACAUACCAACUAACGUCCAUAAGGGCAUAUUUGAGCGAAUUGUUGGACGGGGAGGAACCCAAUUUUAAACGGAGGGUAUAUGACCUUUUCGAAUAGUUUAGAGGCAUAUUUGAGUCUUUUCUCAAAAAUAAAUAACAAGUGAUCUGUCAUUUUAAAUCUAAUGUGGAUGAUGACAUGUCACUUUUAUUUUGCAUUUGAUAUUCAUGCAAAACCAAAGGGGUUUAAAAUGUUGAGUUUCAUCGAGUUUAAAAAAUUAGUUAACAAAAGAUAAGUAGAAGGAUCCAAAAUACAAACGCAUAUAAGUAUGAAUGUUCAUUAGAUCAUCUUGCCUAAUUAGUUUUAUUCUUAAUAUGCUUAAGUUGAUAGGACAGAUUUACAUGCUUUGAUGUGAGUCCUAAAUACACUUGAUUUGUUAUUCAUGAAAGCUCUCAGCAAUUUUACAUGCCAUUAAACUAGAGUGGAAUAAGAGAAAGGGAAAAUAAAAGAGGAAGUUGAUUAUUGGAGUUACAAAUUAAAGAGUUGUAGUUAGUGUCAAAUAUUGGGUUUGAGUUAUAAGUAGUGAUAUAAAUAAAAAGGUGUAGCAUCAGCCCCCACCUUACAAUAUCAAAAGAAGCAAAACAUGUUUUGAAGCUAGCUAUUGCUAUAGUAUGGUGAUGGUGUUGAUCAUCAUACUUAUUUCUCACGUCAACCUCUCUCUCUUUCAAAUGAUAUAAAUAUAUAUAAGUGUUACAUAUGUGUCUCUCAUCAUAUAAAUGCGUCUCUCAUCAUAUAAGUUAGGUUUUUGAUCAAUGGGGGAUAAUAAUAAUAAUAAUAAUAAUAAUAAUAAUAAUAAUAAUCAUGUGAAGCUACCACCUGGUUUUUGGUUUUGCCCAUCAGAUGAAGAGCUAAUUGUUCAUUUUCUUCAUCGCAAGAUAUCUCUAUUACCUUUUCAUCCUGAUGUUAUUCCUGAUCUUCAUCUUCAUUCCUAUGAUCCUUGGGAUUUGGAUGGAAAAGCAAUGUCCGGAGGAAAUAAAUGGUAUUUCUAUAGCAGGAGAACACAUGAGACCACAAGAAUCACAAGCAAUGGAUAUUGGAAAUCUUUGGGAGUUGAUGAAACAAUCUUGUCAACUUCCAAUCACAACCUUGGAAUGAAGAAAUACUAUACAUUUUACAUGGGUCAGCCACCGCAAGGCCAUAAAACUAAUUGGCUGAUGCAAGAAUAUAGCCACAUCUCUCAUUCUUCACCUUCAUCAAGUAGCAGUAGAAGAAGAAGAAGUGAAUCAAAAAUUGACUAUAGUAAAUGGGUAAUUUGUCGUGUAUAUGAAAGCAACUCAUGUGACAGUGACGAAAAUGAGCUUUCAUGCUUGGAUGAAGUGUUCCUUUCAUUAGAUGAUCUUGAUGAUGAUGAGAUUAGUUUGCCACAUUAGUUUAAUUAAUUAAUUAAUUAGAUCCACAAAAAUUUGAUCUAAUUAAUCUCAUACUUUAUUUUCCAUUAUUAUACAUUUUUUGAAUUUAAAUUUCCACAGUAAAAACAAAAGAUGUAACAAAUUAAGAUCAAUGCAGUGUCACUAUAAUAUA